UUUAUUUAGGACUGACUCCCUUACGAGUAGACGGAACAGGAUUACUGACUGUGACAGCAGACGGAGCACUUUCAAUUGCGAACAUUAUUCAGAUCGUCAUUAACAGCAGCAGAUCAGUACCAGAAUGGUUGUGCUGUCUAAAGAAUAUGGGUAUGUGGUUCUCACUGGUGUUGCCAGCAUGGUCAUGGUUGCCCACCUCGCCGUGAAAGUUGGCAAAGCUCGCAAGAAGUACAAGAUAAAUUACCCUCAGAUGUACAGCAAUGAUCCAGACUCUGGAAAUAUCUUCAACUGCAUCCAGCGGGCCCAUCAGAACACCCUGGAGAGCUACCCUGCUUUCCUCUUCUGUCUGGCCAUUGGUGGUCUGCAUAGUCCUCGCCUAGUCAGUGGACUUGGAAUGACAUGGGUUAUAAGCAGGGAGAUCUAUGCAUACGGAUACUCCACUGGAGAUCCUAUAAAAAGGAUGCCAGGGUUAUCCGGGAACAUUGCUCUGCUGGGCAUGAUUCUGACCGUAGCCAACUUUGGCAGAACGCUGUUAGGCUGUGUUGACUGGGUGAGGCCUGGGAUGAGACCAGGGAUGAGGUUCUCAGCUGCCAUUCCUGCUACCAUUCCUCAAUGAGAGGCACUGCAACCCCACCUGACCCCAGUCUAUUAGUAGUCGUAGGAUGUCCUUUGUGGGCAUCCGUACUUGUCAAUCAAUCAAUCAAUUUUAUUUUAUAUAGCCCUUCUUACAUCAGCUAAUAUCUCGAAGUGCUGUACAGAAAC